AUGACAACAACGUCGGCCUAUGAGAAGCUGCAAGAAAGGAUCAGAGAACACUCCAAGGCUUGCGGAAAGGACUCGAUCCGCGACUUCGUCGACACCGAAUCGGUUUCAGCGGCUCUGACCAAGGCCACCGUCGCCAUCUGCGACAUCGAAGAGAGACUCGUCAGGACAGAUCACCACGCACUGGAUUCAGGGAGAAUCUGGGAAGAUUGGGAUAUAAACAUCCUGAUGAGAGACCUCGCACCAGAUGUUCGGUCGUCGCUGGCCGCGGUGGUCCGCGCGGAGCUGUCUGAGGCAGCAGGUUCCACGGAAGAUACUCAUCUCCCUGAGAUGUUUGUAUACGGCGUACUGCUCUCCACCGUGCGCACCGUUCUGAUGAACUCUGUGGAAUCGGACGAUGAAGAGAUGAUAGAGGUGGCAAACGACGCUUCUCUUGCUCUUACUCGGGCAAUCUCCACGCACAUUUGUCGAUUCGUAUAG